AUGGCGACGGACGCAAAGCCCACUUCUGCAAGUGAUGUCGAGCAGGGGAGCUCGUACACUGGCAGUGUCCUUCCAGAGACCAAGGAAAUCGUCGAGGGAGCGUCGGAGAGCAGAAGCCCAAGAGAGGGUAUGGCGGCGUGGCGUUGGCCAUGCAUACAGUCUGCGUUUGUCCUCGGAGGCAUGCUGCUUGGAUAUGAUGUUAGCAACAUCGCGAACAUCCAGCCCCCGAUUUACGAAGCCUUCGGUCAGGUUCACCUUCUGCCAUGGGUUGCGACGGGUUAUACGGCAACCCAAGUCUGCAUGGUUCCUCUCGUCCGCAAGCUGGCUCUCCUGGGUCACGUCAAGCUGCAGAUAGUCGCCUACACCUUGAUCUUCCUCAUUGGCGCGGCCGUGUCUGGUUCCGCCACCAGCAUGAACUCCGUAAUCGUGGGCCGUGCCGUCUCAGGAAUCGGAGGUGCUGGGAUCUACCAACUUUGUAUCCUGGUCAACGUUCUCCUCACGACACCCACAGAGCUACCUCGUGUGCAAGGCAUCAUGGCCGUGUCCUGGGCGGUUGGACUUACGCUGGGCCCAGUUAUCGGGGGAGCCUUUGCCGAAAACCAAAGUGCUACUUGGAGGUGGGCCAUGUAUCUUAACCUGCCCAUCUUGGCUGUUAUUGCUGUCCUCAACUUUGUGGCUCUGCCUCCCAUCGAGGUUGGCGUCAACACGACCCUCGUCGGUGGCUUACUUGCCAUCGACUGGUUUGGCAUCGUGUUGCACAUGACCGGUUUCAUUCUCCUAUGUUCCGCCCUCAUCUUCAGCGGUUCCACGUGGGAGUGGUCUUCGCACUCGGUAAUCAUGGCUUGGGCCUUUGUGGGCGUGAUAUACGCCGUCUACCUUGCGCAACAGUACUUUUGUCUUUUCACCAGCAAGGAACACAGAGCGAUCCCCGCAGAUCUCCUCAAAAGCCGGACCGUCUCCCUUGUUGGCCUCGGCACAAUGGCUGCUGGCAGUUGUUACGGAAUCGCCUUGUACUACACGCCAUUGUUCUUCGCCUUCACCAAGGGCGUUGAGCCGGUCGCUGCGGCCGUCCGCAUACUUCCCUUCAUCUUCACCUUCAUCGUCUUCACAAUCGUCAUGGCUGGCCUCAUUCCAGUCAUUGGCCGAUACGCCCCCUUUUACGUCGCAGGUGGUGCGCUGGCAAUGAUUGGCGCCGGCCUCCAGUCCCAAAUUACACCUCAGACUUCCGAGGCGAGAGUGAUGGGAGUCAGCACCCUCAUCGGUGCCGGAACCGGAUGCAUGUGGCAGACUGGAGUCGCCAUCAUGACGCAGGCCGUACCAGCCAACCGUCGUCUCGACGUCACCGCGCUCUUCAUCAUGGUCCAGCUGGGGGGUAUAUCCAUCACCCUGGCCCUGGCUGGCUGCGUCUUCUCGAACCUCGGAUUCAACCGUCUCCACGCGUCGCUGUCUGGGCUCGGCUACAGCGAUCACGAUAUCCGCGAAGCGCUGGCCGGCCUUGACUCAAAGAUUUGGACGGCUGCGGAUCGUCGCGUGGUUGCGAUUGCUGUUCAAGACGUUGCGAGUGUGAUUGCAGAUUUGCAGUUUGUGAUUGUGGCCGCUGGCGCUAUUGCGUUUUUGAGUGGAUGUUUCAUGAAAUGGGAGAAGCUGCAGUUUGGGAGAGUGAAGGCGGCCAAGUGA